AUGCUCGGAGCUCUACGAGUCGCUCCGGCGCUUCUCGCGCUCGCCGCGCUGGCCUCCGUCGCGCAGGCCAAGGACCGCUGCACGGCCAUCAUCGUCGGCGCCAAGGCGUCCACCACUAGCACCCCCAUGACGACGCACACGAACGACUGCUCGUCCUGCGACUUCCGCAUCGCCAAGGUGCCGGCCCAGACGCACGCGGACGGCGCCAAGCACGACGUCGUGCUGGCCGCUUUCGACUACCCCCGCUACGUGGGCGGCGCUCGUGGCAAGGAAUACCUCCCGGAGAACCUCGACACUCGCUUCUACAACUGGACCGCGACUCCUGCCAUUGGUAGCAUCCCGGAGGUGGCGCAGACGUUCGCCUACAUCGAAGGCGCCUACGGUAUCAUCAACGAGCACCAGGUGGCCAUCGGAGAGAGCACCUGCCCGGCGCGCUUCUGGAGCAAGCCGCUGACGCAAGGAGGAGAGGCCCUGUUCGAUGUGGCAGAGCUUUCGCGCAUUGCGCUGCAGCGUGCCACCACCGCGCGUGAGGCUGUGCAGCUUAUGGGCGACCUCGCUGUCCAGUACGGAUACUACGGCGCUGUGUGGGAAGGAGCGGAUGUCUACGACGAGGCUGGUGAAGCGCUGACGGUGACUGACACGAAGGAAGCGUGGAUCUUCCACAUCUUGCCUGAUGACACAGGCAAGUCGGCGAUCUGGGCUGCCCAGCGCGUGCCUGACGGUCACAUCAGCGGCGUUGCCAACCAAUUUGUCAUUCGCGAGCUGGACUUGAGCCGCCCGUCGGAGUUCCUCGCCUCUCCGAACGUGCACGACGUCGCUAUCCGGAACAACAUUUGGAAGCCUGACCAGGGAACGCAGUUUGACUUCACGCGCGCGUACGCCCAGCCGCGCAAGGAAACCCAUCAGUUUUACUCCACUCGCCGCAUCUGGAGGCUGUUGACUCUGGCGAACCCGGAGCUGAAGUUGUCUCCCGAGACCGAUGUGCUGGCCAGUGACUACCCGUUCAGUGUCAAGCCGGCCUCACCUCUGUCUCCUCGCGACAUCAUGCGCUUCCAGCGAGACCACUACGAAGGCACGCCGUUCGACAUGACCAAGGGGCCGAAGAGCGGCCCGUACGGCGACCCUGACCGGUAUGAUGCGGCCCCGAACGGCGACCUGACUCAAGCUGAUAUCGACCGUGGUCACUUCGAACGCGCCAUCUCCAUCUUCAGAGCUAGCUACUCGUUCGUCUCCAUUCUGGACCGCUACAACCCCGACAAUGCGUUCCUGUGGUUUGGCCAGUACGCACCGCACGCCACGACCUACACGCCGGUGUUCGUGCAGGUGAGCGAAGUCCCCAAGCAGCUUUCCCGCGGAUCGCUGUACGCGUUCGACCGCGAUUCGUCCUUCUGGAUCCACGCCCUUGUCGGUAACUGGGCCGCGCGCUUCUACUCGUACGCGAUUUCUUUCGUCAAGAGGGUGCAGGACGAGGUUGAAAGCCACGCGGAAGGUACUCUCAACACCGUGAUCAUCGAGGCAGCGCAGCGCAAGCGCAACGGCGGCGUGCCGGCUCUCGUCGACUUCCUCACGAAGGAGAGCGAGAAGUAUGCCCAGCGCGCUCACACCGCGUCCGCGGACUUGUUCGACUACCUGGUCACGGCCUUCCACGACGGCUACCAGGUCUCCAACUUCUACGCGAAGAUGCUGACGGUGCAAUCCAUCUUCUACCCCAAGUGGUGGCUGCAACAGGUGGGCUUCUUCGACGGCGCCGAGGAAAGUGGCGAUGCAGACUCCGCCUCCGCAGCGUCUGAGACCACGGCUCCAGCCUCGUCCAGCAGUGAAGUGGCCAAGGCGGAGGUCGUCGAGAUGGUGCGCAAGGGCUCCGUGUCGUACUUCACCACGACGGUGCUCGUGAUCCUCUCCGGUCUCGCCGGGCUCUUCCUCGGCCGCAAGUUCCACGGCCCGCUCACCAACAAGAAGCAGGGCUACCGGCCGCUCCAGUAA